AUGGAAGCCAUUCUCAAAGUCAACGAUGCCUUGAAAUCUCUUAGGGAAACCAAACUAUCUGGCCUGCGACCAGUUUCAGAGUUCUUUGACGUUCAACGCAUCUCAAAGCCUGCCGAUUUGAACCAAGCAACCUCACGGAUAUCCUACAAUACGCGUUAUUUCUCAGGAAACUACCUGCUGAUUGUCGCAUUGCUGGCUGUCUAUUCGGUCAUCACAAACUACGAGCUCCUUUUGUCUCUCAUUUUCCUCGUCGGCGGCUUCGCCCUCAUCAAUAAAUUCGCUCCGGAGGCAACGCAAGUCGGCGAACAUACCAUCACACAGAAACACCUGUACACCAUCCUUUUCGUGAUCGGAAUCCCCCUGUUCUGGUGGGCUGGCCCCUUCGCAACAGUCUUUUCCAUCCUCAUAGGAUCGGCUAUUCUUAUCCUCGGACACGCUGCCCUCCUUGAACCUGGUGUAGAAAGCGACUAUGCCGCCAUCCAAGAUACCGUCUAA